AUGCAGCAGCAGCAGCAGAAAAUGCAGCAGCAGCAGCAGAUGCAGCAGCAGCAGCAGCACAUGCAGCAGCAGCAGCAGAUGCAGCAGCAGCAGCAGCACAUGCAGCAGCAGCAGCAGCAGAUGCAGCAGCAGCAGCAGCAAAUGCAGCAGCAGCAGCAAAUGCAGCAGCAGCAGCAGAUGCAGCAGCAGCAGCAGCAAAUGCAGCAGCAGCAGCAGAUGCAGCAGCAGCAGCAGCACAUGCAGCAGCAGCAGCAGUAA